AUGAAGCGAGCAUCUAGCACCAGCGACUGUGACACUGGCAGCAGCAGCAGCAGCAGCAGCAGCAGCAAACGGUCUCGUGUGGACGAGUUCCAUUACGUGCCGUCGCCGCUGCCAGUCCGGUCACCUGCUCUGGACAGACGCCUCCCGCCGCCGCCGCCGCCGCCGCCGCCGCGGCCAUGUUCCUCCGCGGUGCCAGAACCGAUGGACGCUGAGGCUGCCGUCACGCCGCCGCCGCACAUGGAGGUCGUUGCUCCGCCUCCUCAUCCGAGCAUACCCAGUAGCAGCGCGCGGCCUGGGCAGGUUUCCCACGGAGCGUUCUCCUCGCCCCCCUCGCGAGCAAUUCGGGCCACCGCCAUCUGUCCGUCCGUCGGCCCGUCCAUCUGCCGCCGCCGCCGCCCGGUGCUAGCCGCCGCCAGCCAAGGAUACUGGGCCACCCCAUUUGCCGUCGUUGUCCAGCCGCUGCCCGGAGGGAUUCGCCGGGCCGCCUUCGCCGCCUGCCAGAGGGUCUGCCACCCUGCCCUGGUCGAGGUGCCGCUGCCCCCAUUUUGCUGA